AUGGCCAAGAACGGCGAUUGCGAGUAUGAUGUGAUCAUCGUUGGCGCCGGCACAGCUGGUUGUGUCCUAGCGAACCGACUAUCAGAACAUCCAAAUAUCUCAGUUUUAGUGCUGGAAGCUGGAGUAGACCGCAGCGAUGAUGAGCGAGUCUACACCCCCGGUCUUACGGGCAGCACCUGGGAUGAUCCUGACUUUGACUGGCAAUACACUUCGCCGCCGGAGCCUGGCUUCAAUAACAGGAUCCUUAAGCAUCCUCGUGGACGACUUGUUGGCGGCACAAGCGCCAUCAACUCCUUUGCACUUAUUUAUCCCUCGGUCGCGGAGAUUGAUGCCUGGGCAGAGUUGGGCGACGAAGCCUGGAACUGGCAGGCUCUGGCACCGUACUACCGAAAGUUUCAAACCAUUGUGCCACCAAGCGAGGAAGCGAGGAGAGAUCUCAACCUCGCUCAUAGCGAUGCGAACAUCCGCGAGUCGAAGGGUCCGAUCCAGGCGUCUUUCCCGACGCGAGCAACAGCGAUGCAGAAAGCAUGGGUCGAAACCUUUCGCACUUUAGGAUUGAAUACCCGCAAUGACCCUUUGGACGGACAUGCACUGGGUGGACACACCUCGACUUGCCACAUAACCGGUGUAACACGUGAGCGUAGUCAUGCUGGGACAGCAUACCUCAAGCCAGUCUUAGACAGAAGUAAUCUCACCUUGACCACCAAUGCUUUGGUGCAGAAGCUGGUUAUAGAGCGGCAAGGCUCCGUACCGAUUGUGCGAGGCGUCCGUUAUUCGAAGGAUGGCAAGCAUUGCGAAGUCCGAGCCAGGAAGGAAGUCGUCCUCGCCGCAGGCACGUUCAACUCCCCGCAGAUUCUGGAGCUUUCGGGUAUCGGCAAUCCAGAGAUUCUGAAGCAAAACGGCAUUGAGGUGAUCCUCGCCAACCCAUCAGUGGGAGAGAAUCUCCAGGAUCAUAUACGGCCGGGAAUUUCAUUCGAAGUGAAUGACGAUGUCCCAGUUGGGAUGCCAAUGUCUGAUGAAGAAGCCCGCAAGCUGUACGAGAAAGAUCGGUCGGGGCCUUGGGGUUAUCUCGGCGCUUUCUCAUUCUCGUAUACACCGCUUGUGCCGUUCUUGGAUCCAGUGGAGAAGGAACAGCUCAAGACAUUACUCGAUGAGCAUCUGAAUGAUGAUAAGCACUUCUCACCGUUCGUACGCAAGCGGAAAGCCUUCAUCCGAAAGACUAUCGAAUCUCCCCAUGAAGCAACCGCCACGAGCUUCAUGAUCCGAAAUCCUGUGAUCGGCGCACCAGAGGGCAACUACGUGACGUUACGAUCUAUGCUUUCACACCCUUUGUCGACUGGGUAUUCGCACAUCACAUCUGCUGAUCCACGGGCCAAGCCAGAGAUUAGAUUCAACUACUACUCGCAUCCGGUCGACCUCGAGGUUCACGCCAGGCACAUGCAGAUCUUAACCCGAAUAGCGCAGGCAGAGCCACUGGCAUCGUACAUCAAACCGGGAGGAAAGCAGGCACCGGUAGAGUAUCCAGCGGACAGUGUUGAAAGUGCGAAGGAGCUGUGUCGCGCUUACUCGUCCACAAACUACCAUCCGUGUAGUACCUGCGCCCUCGGCGAGGUAGUUGAUGGACGGUUGAGCGUCAAUGGCGUGAAGAACCUGCGUAUCGUCGAUGCGAGCGUCAUACCGCUUAUACCACGAGGCAAUAUCAUCACGACCGUAUAUGCCAUCGCAGAGCGAGCCGCCGACAUCAUUAGUGAAGAUUUGCACGUUCGUAGACCGACACCGGCUGGCUGUCCAACGUCUCGUCUGUUACCUGUAGUAGUCUUUCCUCUGCAGCAAUACACCGCCUACGCUGCCUCCAUCAGCGAUCCCUCGUCUUUCUGGGCGCAGCAAGCAAAGCAACUCACAUGGCACACCACCCCGUCUACCGCCUUUCGCACUCAAACUCGCAAUCUCAAGUCAGGUGCCUCACAUACAGCCUGGACUUGGUUCCCAGACGGCGAGAUCAGUACGACGUAUAACUGCAUAGACCGUCACGUUGAAGCCGGACAUGGGGACAAGACGGCCAUCAUAUGGGACAGCCCCGUUACGAACAGCAAACAGCGAAUAAGCUAUGCCGAGCUACAGAAUGAAGUCGCUACCUUAGCUGGAGUGCUGAGGGAAGAAGGCGUGAAGAAGGGUGACGUGGUGCUAGUGUACAUGCCCAUGAUCCCUGCCGCACUAAUCGGUAUCCUGGCCACCGCACGGUUGGGCGCGAUACAUGCCGUCGUCUUUGGAGGCUUCAGCGCGGCGUCUCUGGCUCAACGGAUUGAGGCUAGCGAGCCGAAAGUCAUCCUGACGGCUAGUUGUGGCAUUGAGGGAGGGAAAGGUCCGUUAGCGUACCAGCCCAUGAUUAGGGGAGCGGUUGAACAAUGUCCGCGCAAACCCAGUAAGGUGUUGGUUUGGCAGCGGGAGCAGAGGCUAUGGGAUGAUGUACGGGAGGAGGACGGCGAGCGGGAUUGGCAGCGGUUGGUGAAGUCCGCGCGGGAUCAAGGCUUGAAAGCAGACAAUGUCCCUUGGUCAGUCAACCCUGUCAUGCAUUGGAUGGAGAAGACUUUCACCGCCGCAGAAGCGCGCAUUUCAUUGACAUCGUUCAUUGCAGGUACGACCGGCUUACCAAAAGGCGUUCUGCGUGAAGCGGGCGGGCACGCAGUUGGCCUCAACCUCACCAUUCGCUACGUUUUCGGCAUCCGAGGCCCGGGAGACGUUCUCUUCACGGCAAGUGAUAUCGGCUGGGUCGUCGGCCACAGCUACAUCAUCUACGCGCCCCUACUUGCUGGUGCCACGACGGUGCUGUUCGAGGGUAAACCCGUGGGAACACCGAGCGCAGACACCUUCUGGCGAAUCCUUGAAGAGUAUAAAGUCAACUCCUUUUUCACAGCUCCGACGGCGUUACGAGCGAUACGGAAGGAAGACCCAGCAAACAAGUUCUUCGAGACGCGAGGGAAACGGGGUGGGUUGAAGAAUCUUCGCGCCCUCUUUCUUGCUGGUGAGCGCUCAGAGCCGGCCAUCGUGACCAUGUACCAGGACCUCCUCUCCAAACAUUGCGUGCAAAAUGCAUGCGUGAUCGAUAACUGGUGGUCGUCCGAAUCCGGCUCGCCCAUGACUUCGCUGGCCCUGCUUCCCGCCGUAGCACAGCGGUUCGACGAUCACACUUUCCAUAAACCUUUACCCAUCAAGCCCGGGUCGGCGGGGAAACCUGCGCCUGGGUUUGCGGUGCAAAUUGUCGAUGAUGAGGGCAAAGAAGUGGCGAAGGGAGAGAUGGGGAAUAUUGUCCUGGGAUUGCCGUUUGCGCCGACAGGGUUCACGACGCUUUGGCGAGAUGAGGAGAGGUUUUACAAGAGCUACCUGAAGCGGUUCAACGGACGGUGGCUUGACACUGGGGAUGCGGGCAUGAUUGACAGUGAUGGCUACGUCCACGUCAUGAGCCGAGCCGACGACAUUAUCAAUGUCGCCGCCCAUCGCCUGUCGACGGGCGCGAUCGAACAAGCCAUCUCUUCCCACCCUUCCAUCACCGAGGCAGCUGUCGUCGGCAUACCAGACGAAAUGAAAGGGCACGUGCCAUUUGCUUUUAUCGCUAUACCCGAUCCGCCUCCAGACCUGCUCAAAGAUCUGAACGCCAGGUUACGGCACAGCAUCGGUCCGAUUGCGAGUUUAGGCGGGUUUAUUGCGAGCCCAGGCAUUAUUCCAAAGACACGUUCGGGCAAGACGCUGCGACGAACGCUGAAGGAAGCCUUGGAGAAUGGCGCCAAGGGCGAGUUCGAGAAAGACCCGAGUUAUCCGAGUACAAUUGAAGAUCCGGCCGUAGUAGGGAAGGCGAAGGAGGCGAUUAAGGAAUACUUCAGUUCUGGCGCUGGCGCUAAGGUCAAGGCGAGGUUGUAA